AUGGACGACGACAGCCGCAUGAGUGAAACAUCUAGUGUGCGAAAUCGCGUUCAACGCCACGUACCAUCGAAUUUAGGGGAUAUGGAUACGGGCGAUGAAGCCACGCUUUCUGCGUCGCACAUUCGACCGCAGCUGCGCUGUAACGCUUGCUGGGAUCCAAUCCUGCCUGAUUCGCAGUCUGCGGAAACUUGUUAUCGCACAAGCUGUGGACACUUGUUUUGCGAAAAAUGUGCGUACAAGCACUUCGGACAAGGAAGGCUCAAGUGUCCUGCCUGCAGCGUCGAUCUGAGUCAAGUGCGUGACGGAAUAUCUGAGACAACGAUUCACGGCUUAGCGAAUUCGAAGAGGACCGAGGCAAUAUGGGAAGAGAUGAUGGCAGAUCCGUCGUCGUGCUUUGAACACUUUCAACAUGCUUUGGAUUUCGUCUUGUUUCAGUUAGCACAAGAUUCCUUCAGACAAGAAGAGAUCAGGCGCCAGCAAGCUGAUGAGCAAAAGGCUUUUAAAAUCCAGCAUGGAGAGAAGUAUAUUCAACUGAAAACCUAUACCGAUCAGCUCGAAGCAGAACUUCGAGAAACAAAAUCUAAAAUGCAAGCACUUACAGCAUCUAAUGAUGAGCUUCGCGAGGCAUACAAGGAGAAGUCACGAAAAUGCCGCAACUGGGAAAAAAUGUGCAAAACACUUAAAGCCCACCCCAGCGCACGGCAGUUUCCAUCACCAACACGGUCCACAAUGGAAGGAAUGGGAAUGCAACAACAAAACGGUGCUUCCCUGGUUACGCAAACCAGCCAAUUCAACCGUCCUUCACUGCGUCCAACAGCGAGAUCCUACGCGGUCAAUGCUCCAGCUCCGUCAAUGCGGAAUUCAAUGGCGAACAUGGAAAGGCUGGAGUCCCCAAGAGUGAGUCAAAGAUCCAACAUUGGAUUGUUCGAUCGAUUUUCGAGACCUCAUAUCGGAGGGGCCACACGUUUGUGUGUCCAGCCUUUGGGUGGAUCAAGAAAUCGGAUCUUGCGACCUAAAACACCAUUGCAAGACUCUCAACGUGUUGGAUUUCUAUCCAAGAGACCAACUUUUCGCAUAGCUCAUAAAUUAGGUUUGAUAAUUUUCUCAGAAAUAAAAACUGGAAUUUUGCCAAACGCUCAAGUACCUGUAGCCGCGACGAUACAUGACACUACGCAAAUCGGUGCUGGGGCUGGCAGUGGCCCAGCCAGUCUUUAA